UGGAGGUAUGCCAGCAUCAAUAUGGAGGUAUGCCAGCAUCAAUAUGAAGGUAUGCCAACAUCAAUAUGGAGGUAUGCCAGCAUCAAUAUGGAGGUAUGCCAGCAUCAAUAUGGAGGUAUGCCAGCAUCAAUAUGGAGGUAUGCCAGCAUCAAUAUGGAGGUAUGCCAACAUCAAUAUGAAGGUAUGCCAACAUCAAUAUGGAGGUAUGCCAGCAUCAAUAUGGAGGUAUGCCAGCAUCAAUAUGGAGGUAUGCCAGCAUCAAUAUGAAGGUAUGCCAACAUCAAUAUGGAGGUAUGCCAGCAUCAAUAUGAAGGUAUGCCAACAUCAAUAUGGAGGUAUGCCAGCAUCAAUAUGGAGGUAUGCCAGCAUCAAUAUGGAGGUAUGCCAGCAUCAAUAUGGAGGUAUGCCAGCAUCAAUAUGGAGGUAUACCAGCAUCAAUAUGGAGGUAUACCAACAUCAAUAUGGAAGUAUGCCAGGAUAAAUAUGGAGGUAUGCCAGCAUCAAUAUGGAGGUAUACCAGCA